ACAGGAGGUCAACAACGCAUUUCGGCCAUUAUUUUGAUUUUUUCUUCUUUUUCCUUUGAAGUUACUCGAAAUAGAGAUUGUUCGUGGAUAUCUUAACAAUACGAACUUCGGUGCUGAGGAAUUCCUCAUAAUGACGAAAUUUCGACCCUGUAUAGACCUGCAUUCUGGUCAGGUGAAGCAGAUUGUAGGUGGUACAUUGACAACUGCUUCUUCUGAUUUGAAAACCAACUAUGUCUCAAAAUUACCAGCUGGUCAUUUCGCAAAACUCUACAAGGAGAGUGGUCUUACUGGUGCUCAUGUCAUUAUGCUUGGACCUGGAAAUGAGGAGGCAGCUAAAGAGGCUGUAGGAGAGUGGGAAAAUGGUCUUCAGGUUGGAGGUGGUAUCACGAAUGAAAAUGCUAAGCAAUGGAUUGAUUGGGGUGCUGAGAGGGUAUGUUUCUUUCGUGUUACUGGUGGGUGAAGGAUUGAUGUUGAUUGGAAUAGUAGGUCAUUAUCACUUCUUUUCUAUUUCCCAAUGGGAAGUUCUCCCAAGAACGACUGGAUUCCGUAUUGGAAGCUCUUGGUGGUGACAAAGAAAGACUUGUCAUUGAUCUGAGUUGUCGAAAGAGAGAUGAUACUUGGUUUGUGGCUAUGAACAAAUGGCAAACCAUAACAGAUAUGGAGGUAAACGAGAGUAAGUAUUUCUUCACUUUCCUCUAUUCCACCAAUGAAAACUUAUACAUGUUCCAGCAUCUAUCAAAUCCUUAGAGCCAUAUUGCUCUGAAUUCUUAAUUCAUGCAGCGGAUAACGAAGGCUUGCAAAAGGGUAUUGAUGAACAACUUGUCAAGAAAUUGGCACAAUGGUGUAGUAUUCCAGUCACUUAUGCUGGUGGCGGGAGAAACCUUCAAGAUCUUGAUUAUGUCAAGAGACUGAGUGAUGGAAAGGUUGACCUUACGAUUGGAAGUGCUCUAGAUGUUUUCGGAGGUUCUGGGGUCACAUUCGAUGAAUGUGUACAAUGGAACCAGAAGCAAGUUGCUUCUUCAUAAAAUGCGUAAAUGCAAAUGGGGCGUCCCAGUAUCUCGUUACUGCUGUACCCCGAGUGCAACCUGGAUACCGGUACCAUGUAUCAAUCAUCCUUCUUGUUGGGUCGUCUUUGCCUCAACUUUGUGAUCUAUCAAGCUUUCGUGAUCAUUACC